UUGGUCAACAUGUAACCAUCACCCAUAAUUACAAAGAUAAUAGAACCGUUCGCGAUUCUUCUCCGUCGGUUUUACAAUCAUUUUCUUUCACCGAAAAUGAACAAGGAGCAGUCAUAGAGCCCUUUGUUAACCUUGUCGAAAAAGCUAUUUAUGAGUUUCUCGUUAAAAACGAAUCAACCAUUCCUCUAGAAGUUGUUGAAAAUUUUUGCUCUAAACAGCGUCCCCCUGUUAACACAGAUUUCAGUAACGCCGAUCUUCUGUGUAUGUUAAAUUUUAUGAUAGAAAAUAUUAAAAUAUUCUUAAAAAACGCUGUAUUCCAUGGUCAGUUUAAGGCCAAUCCUGUAGAAUUAUUAACCAAUUUUAAAAAAAACGUGAGAAACAAAGUUGCACAUGGGAUUGUGGUAGACGAAAAAGGCGGAAAUUAUGAAGAAGCACUUGCUAAAAAAGAAAACGUUGAUAGUGAAAUAAUAAAAAGAUGGAUUGAUAUCGCGUCACAAAAAAGAAAACCGGAUGCAGUUUUUGGUAAUAAGGAGAACGUUGACUCACAAAAAAGGAAACUGGAUAAAGUACUUGAUGAUAAAGAGAAUAUUGAUGCGCCACAAAAAAGAAUAUUUAAAGAUAAAGAAAAUGUUACCCCAUUACAACAAGAGAAUAUUGAUGUUAUUGGCAAUGUCAAUUUUGGGAAAAUGAUAGGGCUCAUACUUGAUAUUUUUGAAGAUUUAGAAGAAACCGAGAAGGAUGAUAGGAAAAAGAUAUUAAAAUUAGCAUUUGAUGAAAAUGUGUAUAUGUCAAAGCUUUUGGAAACAAUCAAGAAUGAAGAAAGAAAAGUUCAAGUUCGUAAAUUUAUUCAAUUUGCGAGUGUGAUGUUUGAUGUU